AUGCCUCCCAACACUCCAACAUCGAAUUCGGUCGAAGAAAAAGUCCAAAACCACAUAUUCAACACCGUAAACGACCUCUGGGGAAUCAGCCAACUCUCCAAAACCAACCUCCCCCUCCCCAUCUCCCACAUCCACUUCAUCGCCCACCCAAACGAGGACAACUUGGGUAGCGACGGGCAACAACCCACCAAUCACUGGACCAUGUACCUCGAGACAUCACCAACUUCUUCAGUCCACGUUGACGUCGCUCCGGACGAUACCGAUGUCGCGAUGGUCAUGCUUGACACGGAACAGGUCAAUUUUGACGCCUACAAUGUCUUUCACAAGUCGCUUCCUGUGACUGGUUCGCUCCGGUGGGUGAAGGAUGUCGCUACUGGCUCUCCAUCGUUGUACUGGAUCUGGUGGAUGCUGGAUUGGUGGAUCAGGGAGACGUUCAAGAUGCCAUUGAUUGGCUUGGGAUGUAUUGGUGUUUUCCUCCUGGCACUGGCUCGUUCGCCCGAGAAAUUGCACGGGGUUCUUUCUAGUAGUUUUUUUCCGGUGAUGAAUGUACUUCAAAAGCUCGCAACGAGGAACCUAACUUUCGAACGUGUGCGCAUAUGCAUAUGA